CUCAACCACUCCAUCACAUCGAGUCGCAUCACCCGCAGGGUGCAGAAGCUCACCUCUCGACAAGUCUAUCCGUCACUCCAUUGUCCGGAUCGUUGACGCCAUCCUCGAUCGUACUUUCAAACGUUUUACCGAAGGAACCGCGCGACCCACGAGGUAGCAACCAUGCCGGACGCUGUGUCGCUAUCCAUUGAGGAGGCGAAUAAGAUUCGCCUCUCAAUGGGCCUAGCACCGCUGCCUGUCCCUGGCGCGGCACCUCCAUCUGGGCCUUCGUUCAAAGAAGCGGGUGAGGCCAAAAGCGCUGACGAUGAGGAGCCUGCGAGUACCGUCGAGACACGACAAGCCGCUGCAUAUGACAAUUGGAAAAAGUUGCAAGAAGAGGCUGAGGCGAAGAGGAAGCGCGAGGAGCGCGUGGCUGCCAUCAAGAAGGAGCGUGAGAGAGCCUCCCGGUUCGCCAAGCUCGAAGGCAAAGGUUUAGCCGAUCUUGCAGAAGAGGAUGACGAUCUGGCCUGGCUAAAGAAUGCGAAUAAGCGGCAAAAGAAGAUUGCGAAAGCGGAGCGGAUGCAGAAGGAGCUGGAAGAACGGGAGGCUCAGGCACAAGCCGCGCGAGAAUACAGUCAAGCUGAUCUAGCGGGUGUGCAGGUCGACCAUGAGAUCAAGGACUUUGACGGCGAGGAUCAUAUCCUUGUCUUGAAGGACACCGCAGUCGAUGCUGAUGAGGACGACGUCCUCGAAUCAGUUGCCAUGAAGGAGAAGGAAAGACUGCAGGAAAGGCUGGAGUUAAAAAAGAGGAAACGUGCCUACGAUCCGAAUGAAGAGAAUGAGUCUGGCCAAACUUCGAUCCUAGCUCAGUACGAUGAUGAAAAGAAGCGUAAAACCUUCACGCUCGACGGACAGGGUCGCAUAGUUGAGGAAGUUCAGGAGGAGGCUGCAACAGGCGGCAAGCCGAAGAAGGUCGCUAUUAGCUUGGACAUACUCACAGAAGAUCGCCCGUCUGCCAGCGACUACAUGGAUAUCCCUGAGGUGAAGAUCAAGAAGCCCAAGAAGAAGAAGUCCAAAACAUCGCGUAGACGGCCAUUGGAUGAUGAUGAGGAUGCGGUAUUCCCCGCAAAUGAGGAGGAGGAAAUGCAAUUGGAUGAGCCGGAAGUCAAGCCGAAACCGAAGAAGGACUUCUUUGAUACUUCUUUCGUGGAUGAUGAUGACUUGCAAGCUACUCUUGCUGCUCAGCGUCAGAAAGCAUUGAAAAAUCGUAAGAAGAUGCGACCCGAAGAUAUUGCGCGCAAACUGCGUGAGGAAGCCUCGGCUACGCCUGACAUUCGGGAGACAAUAGAGGAUGGAGACGAGCCCGGUCUCGUCAUCGAUGAGGUAACCACUUUCGUUGAACAUCUUGAUCGAGCCAAGACAGAGGAAGCAGAGGAGGAGGAACGCCGUAAGCGACGUAAGUCAAGCCAGUUCUCUAACGGUGUCGCCUCCCCAACCGUUGGUGAAGCGGAGACCGUUGAUCACGAUGGCGAUGUCGACAUGGCUCAAUCGUACGCGGAGGCAGCGGAGGCGGAGGACCGACAAUCUCGUGAGCGUUCUGCGUCCGUCAAGAUCAGUGUCACCGGCCUUGAUGAAGAGGAAACUGUUGAUCGCGGACUUGGCGCCACUCUCAAGCUUCUCAAGCAGCGUGGUGUAUUGAAGGAUAGCAACUCGGGCGAUUUGAACGCCGCCUACCGUGAGCGACAGAAAUUCCUUGCGGAUAAGCAGAAGGCAGAAGAGGCGGCCGAACGUCUAGCAAAAAGGCAACGCGAACGCGAACGUGCAUCUGCGCAGUGGAACAAUAUGUCGGCUCGUGAACGCGAGGAGUGGGCUCGCAAGAACAAUAUCUCCCGCGAUCAGAUUGAAUCCCGUCGGCUUGCCGAGAUAUUUAAUGCCGAGUAUAAGCCUAAUGUGCAGCUGACGUACGUGGACGAGUUCGGGAGAGAGAUGAAUCAAAAGGAAGCAUUCAAGAAACUCAGUCACCAGUUCCACGGAAAGGGAAGUGGAAAUACCAAGACGCAGAAGCACCUUGACAAGAUUGCAGCUGAGAAAAAGAAGAUGGCAGAGAGUACCUUGGAGACGACCCUUGCACGGGGCAUGACGAACGCGCAAGGGCAGCAGAGUAAGAAACACAAACAAGCCGGGGUUCGUUUACAGUAGGAUUGGGUUCCGACUUGCGUACUGGGAUACGGGUUCCUCAAGACCACGUAUCAGGAAGCGGUUUUGUGACGUGAGCCCUUGCGAGGGAAGAUUGCUAAUAGCACAGGUCUUUGCUUUCUCCUUCACUGACAACAAGAGUACCUCAGCGACCAUCUCAAUCUUAACGCUAGAUGCUCUGAGUGUAAGUCGGAAGCAUACCGCCAUGUGUCUGAGAGCUUGCCACUCUCAUGACUCUCACUUUUCCUCUCUUUGUUCUUCAUCCUUGUUUCUCUGUCUAUGUCACGAAUCUUCCUCGUGACCUU